CUUAGACAAUAUGGCCACCAAAAUAAACGUCGGAGCCUUGAGAAAUGUUUUCUUUCGCAAACAGCACGUCUUCACAAGAGUUUCCUGCAUGCACACAUGUACACAAUGUAACAAUGUAAGCAGGGCCAUACCAAAUACACACAACAGAGUGCUGUUACAGCCACCAUGUAUGAACAGAAAAUCAUUAGUGAGACAUAUGUUCAUUCAGACACAAGAGACUCCCAAUCCAAACAGUUUAAAGUUCAUACCUGGAGUACAAGUAUUGGAGGCAGGAACCAAAGAUUUUCCCAAUGCUUCAUCAACUUACUGUUCCACCUUAGCAAAACAACUGUUUCGAAUAGAUGGUGUGAAGGGUGUGUUUUUUGGAACAGAUUUUAUAACUGUAACUAAAACAGAUGAAGAUGUAGAUUGGCAGGUGGUAAAGCCAGACGUCUAUGGAACUAUUAUGGACUUUUUUGCCAGUGGCUUACCUGUGUUGACUGAUGAACAACCCUCUAUUGAUACUGCUGUAGACCCUGAGGAUGAUGAGGUUGUCCUGAUGAUAAAGGAAUUACUUGACACAAGAAUUAGACCUACUGUACAGGAAGAUGGUGGAGAUAUUGUUUAUAUGGGUUUUGAAGAGGGUAUUGUAAAACUAAAGAUGCAGGGUUCUUGUACAAGUUGUCCAAGUUCAGUUGUUACACUGAAACAUGGAGUACAAAAUAUGUUACAGUUUUAUAUACCAGAAGUAAUGGGAGUGGAACAGAUUGAGGACGAAGUUGACAGUAUUAGUGAACAAGAAUUUGUAAAAUUUGAGAAAAGUAUUGGAGAAUCAAAAGAUUCCUCUUAAGGAAUGUUUGUUAAUGGUGACCACAUCUGUAAAUUUACUGUUAUGAAUUGUUUUACUAAAAGUAGAUAUAUUUGAAAAAUGUUGUGCCAAGUGUGUUUUGAAUCAUUAAAUAAGAUGCUUUGUAAACAGAAAUUUUGUUUGGCAUUUAUUUGCAUUUUCAUGGUUUGGAUUUGAUAUUGAAGCAACUAUUUUUCAAACCACUUCUUUAUAUUACUAAAGAAUUGAAUGCUUCUUUUUGUUAUUUUAUUGGGGUGUAAAAGCAUGAAAGUGCUUCAUACUAAAAAUGUGCACAUAAUCAACCCAUAACAACAGUAUAAAAUUACAAAAAGGAGCAUUCCGUUCUUCUAAUUACAUUUCUAUGCUAAAACCAUUGGAUAAGAUACCAUGCUUUUAGUUUGUUUUCCUAUACAUUGUUGUAAUCUUUUCAUUUGAAGCACAUGCCGUCAUAAAUUUUGAAUUUUAUUGGGAAAUAAAAUAUAAUUUUGGAAUGCCUCAUGAUUGUUGUCUGCCAAUCAGAAUAAUUGAUUCUGAUAAACCAUAUAUUUAAUGUAAUAAUUAUUGUAUAGAAAAUACUUUAUUAUUAAUAAUGCAUCAGUAAAUAAUAUCUAAACUGAAUCACCAUUUAAGACAGAGCAAUGCACACCUAGAUUGAUAAAGUCUAUGUAGCUGAAAUUUUAUUUUCUCUCAACAAAAUUCCAGGGUUUUCAUGAAGAGCCGGCACCCGGCGGAAUGUCACCGUUUCAAAAGACAGAAAUCGCCGGUUCAAAUGCUUAAACAAAAAAUAUUUUUGAAGAGAAUAAAAUAAAAACAAAGUUUUAUUAACCUUUUGUCUCAUGGAGUUUUUAGUUUCAUAGAUUUUUCAAAAACGAUGGUUUUUUAUAACCGACUGGACCAUUUUGUCUGACUGAAAGUAAACUUAAAAUCGGCGUCAGUAAGACGUUUGCCGGCAUUCAAAUACGAUAUUCAAUCAAUCGCUUGAAUGAUCAAGAUUGAUAAUUGUAAAAUCAAGAGAGAUAUCAAAAUAAAAACGUAUGUUAUCAAUGGAUAACUCAUGAGAAACCAAAAUUAAAAAGGUUUUAGGAGGCAAUUUUUUAAAUUGCAUGUCAAUAAAUUAAAUGAAACUGAAUGAAAUGAAAGACCAAAAGUGAAUGAUUUCUUUACCAGCAAAAAGACAAAAUCAUUGGAACCAUUUACAGGUAAAACUUUUUAUUUGAAGUUAUCAAAUUUCAAAGAAGCCUUAGAAGGUCUGUACAGUCUCAUGUUUAUAAUGAGGCCUGCCCAAGCUUGCCUUCUAUGCCCUUUUUAUAAUGUUACAAGUAUUUCAUUUAUUAUUACCACCCUUUAACUCUUGGGGAGGGAAUGGGAGUUGAAAAUAGUGCCUAGGCUAGGAGGGGUGCUGCCCAUUUUUUUUUUUUUUUACCUUUUCUCUUCAGUUUGUAGUAUAUAGUUCCAUGUUUAUCACUGCCCAUUUGUUGUGGAUGGGGCCAUCAAAGAAGCCUAGGAUAGGAGGAAGGCUUCCCAUUUUUUAUUUAUAGUUGGACCUUUCCCCUCAAGUUUUCUGAAAAAGUAGGUAGGAGGGUAAAUGCCAAGGCUAGGGAAAAGGCUUUCUUUAUUUUUUUCAGUUAUAAUUUCCCCUUGCUGAUCAUUAGCCCACUCAUUGAAAAAAGUACCAAUGUUGGGAUGGGUCCUGCCUCAGUUUGAUUUUUUUUUACAUUAACCAAACCUAUCUCAAAUGGAAGCCUUUGUUAAAAGUGCUGGCUAAGACUGGGUGGACAUUUUCCCACUUCAGCAUAUAUGUCCUUUCCCAGGUUUGCAUGUUUUUAUUGAAAUAUAGAACACAUGAAAAUAAUAUUUCUUUUCUGGAUCAAAACUGAAAUUGUCAGAUUUUGCAGAUGACAUAUAUACAUGUAGGUCAUACAUAAAUAGGAGAAGAUGUGUUAUGAGUGCCAAUGAGACAACUCUCCAUCCAAGUCACAAUUUGUAAAAGUAAACCAUUAUAGGUCAAAGUAAGGCCUUCAACACAGAGUCUUGGUAUUAAUAGUUUAUGCUGACCCUCCGUUGCUUUCUUACUUUUUGCGAAAUCUGGCAAUACAAUAACAAUUAAGAUUGUUUUUUACAUAUUUUUAUUUGUCUUAUUUUAAUACGCAAUAUCACAAGAUUGACCUUACAAGCUAAAAAAAAAGAUAACAUACCUAUGAAACCCCAUUUUUUAUGCACUUGUAAAUAGUGUGAAAAUGCCUCAGAGUGCACCAUUUUCAAUGUAAAGUCAAACAAAAUUUCGGGGGGGGCAAGCCCCCCUGACCCCCCCUUUUGGGUCAGCCACUUCAAAUUAGUAAACAGCCUGUUCAUUGAAAAGUAAUUGAAAGCCCUGAAAUUCUAUCUGUUGUUUUACCUUACCUCUAUUUGUAUACUUAUAAACUAGUCUGCAACUUUUUGAGAUAGAUCACAUAAUCCCAGCUUGACUUAUGGUUUGUGAUAAGACCAGAAGUGGUAAAAUAAAGUACUUUGUACCAAGAUUGAAAUUAUAAGUAGAAGGUUUUGACUUCAGGGCAAUAACAAUUAUGCUCCAUGUGGGGGAGAAUAUUAUUGCUCUUAUGGAAGAGCCUACCAGCUAUAUCACAAUGGGGUUUUAUGCGAUAAGCAAAAGGGAUAUUUUGGACAUAAUUCCUUAACUAUAUUUAUAAAAAACACAAAACAUAAAAGGAAGAGUCAUUUAAAAUCACUUGCUGGAGUUGAGAGAAAACCUGGACUCCCUAGAGUUGUGCAUAGAUGUUGGGUGUCCCAAACAGGUUCUUUGUUGAUAUUUAUUAUUAUAUAUGUUUUACAACAUGUGAUGUAAAUUGAUAUUCAUUAAAAUUUAAAUAAUAUAA